UUCAGGUAUGAGUAAGAGCCUUGUUCUCUGGCUUCAGGUUUGAGUAAGAGCCUUGUUCUCUGGCUUCAGGUUUGAGUAAGAGCCUUGUUCUCUGGCUUCAGGUUUGAGGAAAAGCCUUGUUCUCUGGCUUUAGGAUUGAGGAAAAGCCUUGUUCUAUGGAUUUAGUUUUGCAUAAUUUUUUUCCAGACAACUUGCAGGAGCAGUGGCUAAUGGACCGUGGGUGGAGAAGAUGGGCAAAGAUUUUGAUCCAUUUCCAGUUCAGUCAGAUGGACAGAGCUGUGGGAUAUUCAUGCUUAUGUAUGCCCUCUGCAUCUGUACUGGUGCCAUGUUUCACUUUUUGGAUACUAACAUACCAUCUAUUCGUAAGUGGUGGUGUCUCCAGAUUCUGGAGAAAUUCUCGAUCGCAAGGCAUGGGCAGAACUUUGGGCAGCGCUUUGCCUUCUGGACAGAGGAGGCAGAACAGCUGAUGGCAGGCACCCUACCACCUAUUUAUAGGAUUUAUCGAUCCCAAAUAGUCAAGGAGGAACAGGUAGAAGUGGAGGAGCUGCCCCUCACAUUGAAACAUAUGUACCAGGCAAAAUACAUUGUGAGGAACAGUGUUGGGCUUUUCACUGGCCAGAUGCAAGAACCAACAUACAUGUUGAUGGAUCAUGAUGACCAAAGGGAAGCAUGGAGGGUGCUGGAGUCAAUGCAGUGUGAUACCAUGGAGCCUUUCACGUUCAUUUUUGAAAAAAUCAAGGUCAUGGAAACCUUUGUGAUUAUUUGCAAAGACACCCUCAACCUGAGAGUAAAUGCUGGAGUUGGGCUGCACAGUCACCCACACUCUGUGUGAGUGUGAGAGAGAGCGAGAGAGAGAGAAAGAGAUUUUGUGUGUGUGUGUGUGUGUGUGUGUGUGUGUGUGUGAGAGAGAGAGAGAG